UGCGAAAACUUUUGUCAGCCAUCUUAGAGAAAAUAAACAGAGGGCAUCCUACACAAUUCUUUUUGAUAAUAUACCUAAUCGCAGAAGAAUGGCACAUAACAUGAUCCAGAGUAGCGUAUGAUAUAUGGAACACGUAUAAUCAAAGCUACAGAGGAACUGCCAUUAGAGUUCCAAACGCGUGAAAGCCCGAGGGAUUGUUGAUUUUCAAAUGAAAAUGUGAAACUAUGUUUUGGAUUAAUAUAUUUACAUCUGUUUUCUUUAUCCUCCAGCAUUCAACGGGGAGCUGGUCAGCUGAGGCUAAGGCAGCAGCACAGCGACGAUGCGUAGUGCUGUAUCCAAACUGUACAGAAAAUGGCGGCCAGAGUUGUCAGAGAUACGAAUAUUGUGAACCGGGCAGUCAUUAUUGCUUCACUGCCUGGAGCCAAAAUAAUGCAUCUGCCAAUGGUAUAGAACUAAAGCACCAAGGCUGCUGGACCCAGAACCAAGGCUGUGAGAAUGAUAGCUGUAUACAGUCCAAUCUCCAGACCCAGUCUGUCAGCUUCUGCUGCUGCCACCUGGACAAGUGUAACAUCAACAUAAGCAUGGUGUCCAUCGGCUUCUCUCAAGCAGUCACAGAAAAAGGCCCAACUGCCAAAGUUCAGUCAGAUGGGAAAGCCAAAGUGAUGGAGAUCUUGAUGUAUUCCCUGGUGCCUAUCAUAGUGUUGGUAAUACUCAUCGUCAUCGUCUUUGUCAUGUGGCGCUGUUACUACAACCGCAACAUGUAUACAUCUCACCUACAAUUGCCAGCUUGUGAUCCCGAGAUGGGAACCCAGGAAUUCAACCAGCCCCAUCGCCCAAUCCAGCUGCUGGAGCUAAGAGCUCAUGGAAGAUUUGGAGAAGUUUGGAAAGCUAAUAUGCUAGAUGCGGUUGUUGCUGUGAAGAUAAUGCCAUUCAAAGAGAAAGCCUCAUGGCUAGCAGAGCAGGAAAUCUACAACUUACCUCACAUGAAACAUGACAACAUACUGCUGUUUGUCGGUGGGGAAAAGCACGAAGAGAACCUAUGGCUCAUUACAGAGUUUCACGAGAAAGGCUCUCUGUGUGACUUUUUGAAGGGGAAUAGUGUGACUUGGAGUCAGCUGUGUAAAAUUGCAGAGUCUAUGGUUAGAGGUUUAGCCUAUUUACAUGAUGAUGUUUCACUGACCAGAUGCCAGUCCAAACCAGCUGUAGCUCAUCGAGACUUUAAAAGCAAAAAUGUUUUGUUAAAAGAAGAUCUGACUGCUUGUAUUGCUGAUUUUGGUCUAGCAUUGAAAUUUGAACCAGGGAAAAGCCCUGGAGAAACCCAUGGCUUGGUUGGAACCCGGCGAUACAUGGCCCCAGAAAUAUUGGAGGGCGCCAUCAGUUUCAGGAAGGAUGCUUUUCUGCGUAUUGACAUGUAUGCCUGUGGACUGGUUCUCUGGGAGCUGCUGAGUCGAAACUCGUGCUCUGAUCAACCUGCCGAUGAAUACCAGCUGCCGUUUGAGGAGGAGGCUGGAUCACACCCAACACUGGAGGACAUGCAAGAACUAGUUGUCAUGAAGAAACUACGGCCAACUAUAAAAAAUCAUUGGCUACAACACCCAGGUUUAGAGCAGGUUGCAGCCACAAUUGAAGAAUGCUGGGACCAGGAUGCUGAAGCGCGAGUGUCGGCCAUCUGUGUACAGGAGCGUUUAAGCCAGCUAAGCCGUACACUGAAUGUUUCCACCUCCAGCCACAACCUGAGCAUCUCACCAAAUCAAAACAUAUACUACCAUAUUUCCUCUGUGUCUAACUAGUGACACUGAUCCCUUCAGUUCUAUACCUCAAACAUGGGCAAUUUACUUCUUAUGGCACAUGCGAUCAUGUGUGGAAAAAAGACUGCCAGUAUCUCAGGAGAUAAAAAUUAAAAGGUGGAAAAAGUAUAGGAAAAAAAUUAUUUAUGAAAAAGACUUCCAUAGGAAGAGUUCAUGUUGUCUUUAUUACGGUUAUUGCUCUACAUGUAAAGAAGGUCAGUUUUAUUGAUUAAUUUGAAAUUCCUGUAGACCAGUAGGGAUGAUAUACUUUUAUAUAUUCAUGCUGUGUGUGAAUUAACAGACUUUUUGUCAGUUUAAUUAUACUUGCAUCCUAAUGAUAUAGUGCUACAUUGUAAAUUUCAGUUGUGUAUCUAAUAUUUAAGGCUGUGAGACAGUUAAGAAUAUUUUUAACAUGGUUUUUGUAUGCCAGUUAAAUGUCUUAUGAUAUACAUAUAACUUGAACCUUGCUUCAAUUGUGACACGUGAGAGUUGAAUGAACUUAGGAUAUCUAAUGAUUUGUAUUGUUUUGUUAUUGUGAAUUCUUUACUGUUGAAGUAAAUCUUUUAAGAUGAACUUUUUGUUGUUGGAAGAUGUAUCAUGUAAUGAUAAAUUUCUUUUCCUUUAUCAGCAACAAUGAUGUAAAUAUUGUCAUUAUAAGUGGUUGUUGUUUCCCAUGGCAUUUUGUUUCCCUGCGCUACUACCAGCCGUGUCCAGUGUAUUGUGCCUGGUUGUAAGGGGAGGCUACUCCACCUGACCAUGCCUUGUGUCCUCUGGUACAUUUUCAGAUGAUAUUACAAUUGUAUGUACCGGUGAUCAGUCAGAUUUUGUUGUGCGGGUUUAGAAAUGUUUACUAUAUUAAGCCACAAUGUAUUAUAUAUAUAUAAAUGUGUAUAUAACAUACCUAUAUAUUCUCAUUACAUGUAAGGAUGCUGUAUUGAAAAUCUGUGUGUUUUCUUCAUUGUGGUUAUCCUCUGCUUACAAGAGCUACAGAAUAUUUGGUAGUAAAGGCAAUCUUUUAAAAUUAAGAUGAGUUGUCCAUAUUUUAUUAUGAGUGGUUUUUGAAAUUUUUCUUCUGCAUUUUAACAUCCCAUCAUUUCCUUUUUGAUAAUUUUAGAUAGUGGUACAUACACUUGUAAACCAAUGUCUGAUAUUUUUUUUUGGAAGGCAAGUUUCAUAUGUACACAAACAGGGUUUAAAAAAGAUUUUUAAAUGACUAUAACAUGUAUUUGACAUAUUUCACACUUUAACAUGUGUAAACAUGUAUGUAAGAAGCAGCUUAGGUACACAUUGCAUCUAAAAGUAGAGAAAUCAAGCUUUUUGUCAACUUCAUGUCUUUUAUAUAUCAAUUGGAGAUGCUGUUAUAUUGAUAUACAAUGUACAUGUACCAUACAAAAUUACUUAUUUACAGAGCCUGUAAAUUGUAAACUAGAUAAGUGGUGGAAUUUGCAUCUACUGUGAACAUUGAAUUUAUUGUACGACAUUUAAAAAAAAAAAUAUAUAUAUCAAUAUGUUCUUGGCAACAUACAUGUAUUAAAGCUGUUUGAAUAUGUUUUAUAUCCUGAUAGCUACCAAACCUUGGUAUAAAUUGUAUACCUCUGAUGAAAGAUCUAUUUGAUUAAGCACCAGAUAUUUUGAUUCAGAUAGUGUGUUUUGAGCCGCAUGUUCGUUGUUAAACAGAUUUCUCCUGUCUCUUAGUGUAGAUAAUUUCAGAAGGUUGUACACCCAUCACAUACCAGAAUUUGUGAAUAAAUUUAUUAAAUUUUUAGGUCACCCGAGUUUUUUUAAAGUUAUUUUAUAUCAACAAGUCUCUUCGUUUCAUACCCACAAUUUUAUUUGUAAUAAAUGUCACCUACUUGACAUUUAUCAUACUUCAUGAUCAUUGUAAAUCACUUUGUUACUGUCAAACUAGUUAAAUAUAAAGAGUUAUAAAAGUUGCUGGGUUUUCUUUUAAACUAAAUUAUUAUCUCUCUACAUAUUAAGUGAAAAACCUUCGGUACAAAUAUUCUGUCAAAAUGUGUUUUAUAUGUAUAUUAAACAUUCAUUAGAUGUACUAUUUUGUUGAAAUAAAAAGUCGAAUUCAUGUG